UCCAGCGAGGAACAGGCUGUGUGAGGUCAGCACGCAGAGACCCGGGUCACAAUGCAGUCCUCCCCUUCGACGCUGGGGCCCGGGCGCGCAGCAGACACCUGCCAGGCUCCGCCUGGACCGGAGCGUCCUCCCGCGGCCAGGGCUCGGGCAGUUGCUUCCAGCCUGGGACCGGCCUCGGCCUCCGGCAGAGUGCCCCGGGGCCUGGACAUGAGUGCCCAGGAGACCCCACAGGGUCGAAGAUUCCCCAUUGAGGCCGGAGACUCCCCUGGCCUUGCCUCCGCCCCCGAGUCCCAGGAUAGCCCGGAGCCUGUAGCUACGGAUCAAAACCCUGUCAGGCCGCUCCGACGCUGCCCGGGCUGCCACUGUCUGACGCUGCUGCACGUGCCCAUCGACGUCUACCUGGCCAUGGGCGGGAGCCCCCGGGCCCGCGCUACCUGAGUGCGCCUGCGCACGGCAGCUCUGCAGGAGCCGGGACGGACGAGGCCAGCCGCGGGCCACCACGCUGAGGUCGCACGCGCCGAGCACGAGACAAUGAUGCACAUUUUAAAAUAAAAGAAUGAUGCACAUUUUAAUAAAGCACAGCAUAAACUGUUCUUUCCA